GUCAUUCUUGUCAUUUGUGAUUUGGUGCCAGUGUCAACAAAAGGAUUUAUUGUAUUGUUGACUUUGAAAUUAAAUACAAGCUGAAAGCGGAAUUAAAUUUAUUUCCGCAUCUCCUUGAACUCCGAAUGAUGUCAUUCACAUUACAAAGCCACAAUUGUUGAAGUUAGUUAUUGGCACCACGAAUCAAAAUAAAUAAGAAGAAUUAAACAUGUCUACACUAGGAUUAGAUUUUGUCUUCACUUUGCAUUAAUAAACAAUUUCGGUAUGACUGUGAAUGUACCCAAUAUGCCCACAGUAAGAAAAUACCGAAGGGAGACCACCGAAGUUAGCAGUUGUUUGAAAUAUAUGAUAUUUGGAUUUAAUGUUCUAUUUUGGAUGCUUGGACUUGGUAUUUUAACUAUUGGAGUGUGGGCAUGGAGUGAAAAAGAUAUAUUUAAUAAUUUAGGAAAAGUUGCAAAUGUUGCUCUCGAUCCUGCUUUUGUUUUAAUAUGUAUAGGAACAGUAACCUUUGUGAUAGGCUUUACAGGCUGUGUGGGAGCACUUCGAGAGAACACCUGUCUUUUAGCUACAUAUGCACUUUUCCUAUCUGUUCUACUUUUGUUUGAAAUGACUGCAGGAAUUCUUGGAUUUAUUUUCAAGGACUGGAUUAAAUCUCAAGCUACAAUAGGAUUCCAGACUUUUAUUAUUCACUACAGAGAAGAUCCAGAUCAGCAAAAUCUUAUUGAUUGGAUACAGGAAGAUUGGUUACAAUGCUGUGGAAUUGAGGGACCAAAAGACUGGGAUCGAAAUAACUACUUUAAUUGUUCAUCUAGAGAUGUUGGCAGCAGGGAAGCUUGUGGAGUUCCGUUUUCCUGCUGUAAGAGAAAACCAAAUGAAAUAAUUAAAAAUAAGCAGUGCGGUUAUGAUGUUAGGAAACCUGGAUUCAGUUUUGAUGUGUCCAAAAUAAUAAACGAACAGGGCUGUCUUGAAGCAAUAGAGGAUUGGACAGAAAAAAAUAUGAUUUCAAUAGCUUCUUGCAUUUUUGUUGUGUUGUUUUGCCACAUCCUAGGUAUUUGCUUCGCACAGAAUUUGAGGGCCGACAUUUUCGCUCAGAAGGCCAAAUGGCAUUGACAGUUAAGAACUCCCACAGCCGUCUAGUACAGAACGUUGUACAGGAUAGCGUGGGAGCCCGUCGCUCAUCAGAUCGACUUCGUCUGAAAAUUAAAAUUGUCAUAUUCAGAAUUUUAAUUAUGAUUGCUCCAAUUCAAUCUUCUACAAGUAAUCAUUGUGUUCAAAAAACGGUUUAGGAUGAUUGAAAUUGAAGCUUGCUGUUAUUAAUUUUUAUUGAUAUGAUAUUGUCGAGGUUUACCAAGUCUAGACGGGAUUUUUUUGCAUGAAUCUAGAUAAAUUACUCGAUUAAAAUAAGGACCACGGAUUGAACAAAUUUGGCUUAAAUCAGCUAAGAGUUUUAUUGAUUAUAUAGAAGACCAAAUACAGAGGAAAAUAUUUAAAAAGUAUUGUGAUGUAUUGGGAUUAAUCCUUAUAAUUUUCCACUGAAAGUUUUAUACACAAUUUUAUAGUUAUUUAUUGCAUUUUCAGCGUAUAUUAUUUUGGGUGUUGUACUAUUAAUAUGUUGAAAGUAAUUGACAUUUAUUCAGUACCUACUGACGUUUCUUCGGCUUCAAAUAUCAGUCCAAAAGCUUCUUAUUUUCCUUUUCCGAAAGUACCAUGCUUGUCUCGAUUAUUAUACAGGGUAAUGAUUUUAUAAAAUAUCUUAAAAUUAAUAUUCGAAUUUAUUAUUUUUAACAUUUAAAAUGUAUUUGAAAAUUCCGUACAGGCUUGGUAAUUGUCUGCUUUAGCAAAUCUACUAGAAUAAUAACAAAAUUCACAAAUUAAUUUUGAUACAGAAUACAUCAAACACAUCAUACAUUUAUUACAUUCCUGCAGAUAAUAUCCCAAGUAACACAAAAGGUUAUAUAAGGGCUAUACCGAUGUUGCAACA